AAGAGUGGUUGUGUUUUUAAAAAAUCCAAUUUAGGAGCUAAACUGAUCCAAUAUAUUUAACCCAAAUAUUCGGGUGCAUCCUUUUUACGCACGUCAUUUUUUCUAAUUUCUGUAAUAAUAAUCAGACAUAAGAUCAUAUUAUUAUUUUUUUUAAUGACCACAUCAUUGAUGCCGUGUAAAAAGCAGAAACUUCUUAAAGAAACCUCGUUGGGCCGUUCCUCCGUCACAGACACACGCCUACGCAAUCGUCCCGCCCCGAAGACUGAUGGCAUAGACCGAGCUGCACAUUCGCAGUACGAAAGAGUUGGAGACCGGAGGAGCACGCUGCUUCCCUUUGCCCCCCCUCUCCGCUUGACCCGCUUCACUGACAGAGGACCGAAUCAGGCACAGAUCCACGGGUUCAAGUUACGCAUCGGAGCACAGCGGCUACAAGUUUCAAAUGGACAGACGCUUGGAGACGAUCGGCCUAACAAGCAUGGGAUUAUUCUUGUAAUGUGGAUUGCUACUCCUCAAGAAAGCCAGGAUCUGUUGCGGAACGAUGUGAGACGCUGCGCCUCUUGGAUUCUCGUGUUUCUGGAUAUCUUGAAAAUCAUUGGCAACAGUUGAAAGAACGAAAAUCUACGCGUAAAAGGAAGACAAAAAAAGGAUUGCACGCUCUCAACCUUGGGACCAGCAUGGAUCUGCCUUUACAACCCCCGGCCCCUCACUCACAGAAGUUUUAGCCACUUGUUCUUUUAUUGUUAUUAUUUUUUCUUGAUGUUUGUGGACAGAUCGCCUCAUCGGCCGCUUUUAUUUUGAAAUAUAUAUAUUUUUGUUUUGGACUAGCUACCCAACACCAUGAACUUUAUUGACAGUUUGACACUAUUAUUUUUGACACUGUCAGCUGUCAAGAGUGCCCACAUACCGAAGGAAGCAGCGAGAGGUUCACAUGACGUGAUCCCUCUAAUGGAGGUGUACAACAAGAGUUUGUGUCAGCCACGAGAGCUGCUGGUGGAUAUCCUACAGGAGUAUCCGGAGGAGGUGGAGCACAUCUUCAUCCCCUCCUGUGUGGUUCUGAAAAGAUGCGCCGGCUGCUGUAAUGAUGAGAUGCUGCAGUGCACGCCGACAGAAACGUAUAAUAUAACAAUGGAGAUUAAAAGAAUAAAACCCCAAAGGCAACAAAAUGACAUUUACAUGAGUUUUACAGAACACAGCGCAUGUGAGUGUAGAUUAAAGAAAGAAGUGAAAGAACAGAAAGAAAAAAAAUCCCGGAAAGGCAAGGGCAAAGGCCUAAAGAGAAAGCGAAAGAAAAACAGUGACAAAACAAUUCACGAUGCUGUCUGUGAGCCAUGUUGUGAUCGCUGCUCAGAGAAGAGAAAGCGUUUGUUUGUGCAGGACCCUGCAACCUGCCGGUGCUCCUGCAAACACACAGAUGAAUACUGUAAAGAACGCCAGCUAGAGCUCAACGAGAGGACCUGCAAAUGUGACAAGCCAAGAAGAUGAGAGUGGUGGCAGCACCAGAUGUACAAGAUGAAGGAAUAUUCUUGCGAUAUUUCAUAGCACAGCACUUUUGAACUGUAAGCUCUUCUCUGGAUUGCAUUCCCCUUGGAUUCAGACAGAACAAACAGAAAGACUGAACCGAAGUUUCCUCCUCUGUAUAUCUGUGUGUACAUAGACCAUGAUAAAAGAGAAAAAAAAGAGUUAAUAUGCUGCUACAGAAACGAGUAUCUAAGCCCAUCAUUUGACUAAAAGCAAAAAGUAGCCGCCAUGUGAUUUUUUUUUUUUUUUUUUUGCCUUUCUAACAAGCUUGCGUUGCAGGUGUAGUCUUAUUGUCAUUGUAUGCAACUUUUUCACUGGAUAUGUCUCUACUGUGGUUCUGUGUCGCCAUCACCUACAAAACCUCUAAUAUAUUGAACUCCGACAUCAGUGACGGAUGAGGACAUGGUUGGGCUCUACUUUGGUGAAAGAAAAAACUAAAAAUGAUGGAUGGACUUAAGUCGAAGGCUUCGAUUCGAGCUUAACGGCAAGACAAACGGGACAGCUGAUGGAGAUCUGUCCCUGCUUCUUUAUUUCCUCUGAGGACACGGCAGGACGGCUAUGGACUUGCACAAUGUCACUGUUGCGAUCAGAGGACACUCUGGAUUUGUGGUGCCAUAUACUUUUAAAGGGAUACUGGUCAUCAAUAUAGAAUUUAAUGUUGUAUGUACAAGAAAACCACUGAAAAUCGUAUACUGUAGUUUGAUUCCAUUUGAGAAAAACAUAAUGUACUGAGAGAUGCUAUUUAAUUUUAUUUUGUUUUUCUUCAAGGAGUGGGGGUUUCUUAGCUUUUUUUUUUCCUGUUGAACACAAAACAAGAAAUCAAACGAUUACACAUCUUUUCUCAGUACUUGUACAUACGUAAUAUCCCUUUAGUCCAUUUUAGAUAAUUUAUAAUAUUUUACAGUAUUCAUUUACAUAUUUAAUUUGCUCUAUUUAUGUAUGGUGUGUCAUGUACUUACAGUUGUCUGUUCUCCCUGUUCACUGAAGGCUGCACUCAACCUGGACACUCUGCGCUUUUUUUAGAACUAAAAUAUAAUAAUUUAACAUUCCCUUAACGGAUCAUACGAUGUACUAACCACAUCUCCAUUUCAAACCGUGUGGAUUUGUGUAAAAACUGUGUCUGUAUGAGUGAGUUUCCCCGCAUUCGCUGUGUGUACAUCUGUCCGUGGGUCUUCGUUGAACCGUAUUUAAAGAGUUAAAUUUCUUGACUGUGUUUUAUCAGUUUUGCAAGAUGCAAAAAACAAAUAAACUACUGCUAGCAGCUCAUCGGACGCCCCCACCACCACCACCACCCCUCCAAAUCUGGAUCUCCAUCCUGUCAGUCAUCGAGCCUUCUCUGUUCCCUUCCUCUCCCAACUAUUAACGUUUUUAAUGUGUCUAUGUAAAAAAAUAUAUAUUUAUUUUAAAAUUUUUAUAUAAAAUACGAAAAAGGUUGCUGUGUUGUGAA